AGUUUUCGGUGCUCGGAAUUCGGUUCCGCUUCUGUGUUUAACUCCCUGCUCUUGUUUGCCCAGCGCAUGAACCGACCGGAGUGUUUGUUCUUUUGCAAGCUCUCGAGCACGCGAACUCCACCCGAACGAGGACCGAAGCGCUUGGAUCCGACACAGCUUCGCACAGCUGGAGCGCGUGGCCGUGUUUGCUGGAUGCUGCCAGAGUCCUGCCCAGCGCUCCGGUAGCUUAGUUUACAUUUACACUGCAGCGCGGUACGGUCGCUCUGUGCCCUGUUUCCGGUUCGUUCCGUCGACCGCGUGACGUAGCGUUCGGUUCGUGUGCGGUACCGGAUGUGUUGUAAUUUCGUACACAAACCAGCGGCAUCGAAGCAUUCGGCUACGAUCAAACUGGAAAGCGUUCGAAUUCCCGCACCAGCAUCACACCAGACAAUCGAGCUAAAACGGAUGAAAGAGAGCUUAACCGUUGUUCGAAAAUUCUAGCUAACCCUCCCCUGAAGUGAAUGAAAUUAUCCACCGACACCGCAAUGGUCGGAAUUGUUUCGACACGAGUGUAAUACAAACAAGUGCUCGACAGCCAGCAGCAAAUACGCCCCUUCUAUAAAGUGUACUACACCCACCCGGUGUCCCGAAGGUUUGUUAGUGGUCGAAACGAAUGAGCAGCCCUCGAGCUUCUGGGCCUGAUUGGCGCGUCCGGGACCCUCACCAGCGUCUGUAAUCAAGCGCCCGCGUGAAAAUCCACCGCGUGAUAAUGGAACACACUCAUCAAUUAGUAAAGGUGACGAAUCUCAUGCUACACUUGUUUCUGCUGCUGCUACCGCUGCACACGACGACGCCGAGCAGCGCCACCGCGACUGGUGGAAAUUCUCCGGCGAACGGCGCCGGGCUUGGUGCGGGAAAAUCUGGCCCCGAUGCCGUUGGCCCGAUCAUCGGUGGCGCUACGAUCGCGAGCAGCGGGCGCGAAAGGUCACACUUAAAAGGAGCUGGCGGCUGUAACCGAGUGGUGUUUAGCUCGAAUCGCAUCCGGAACGGCAGCAUCGCACCGUCCCAUUCGAAACAUUCCGGCCUGUUUCCGUCGAGCCUAUGUCAGCUGUACGAGUUCGUGGGCGAUGGUGCGGAACGUGUUCAGAUCAUCUUUUCCGAGUUUCGUCUUCCGUCCCAGCUUGGGCCAACCGAAUGCGGUGACACGGAUAUCCUAAUGGUUUACUACAUCGUUAACGAGCGCGAGGAGCUCGUCGAGACACUUUGCGGUGACACACUGCCUAAGCCGAUCCUAUCCGACGGGCCGCGGUUACUGCUGGAGCUACGCAGCAGCUACAACAACACGGAAAACAAGGGAUUUACGGGAGACUUUUUCUUCCUAACCAAUUUUGGCAUUACUACCGGAUAUCAGCCAAACCAGUCCGAAUGCACCUUUCACUACUUCCGAAACGUAACCAACAGCGGAUGGAUCCAGUCACCGAACUUCCCCGGUGCCUAUCCAAGAAACAUCAUCUGUAACUAUUUCUUUCACGGUGGACCGAAAGAUUUCGUCCGGUUGCGUUUCACGUACUUCGAUAUCGAAGGAAUACGACCCUGCGACGAGGACACAGCCAGCGAUUACGUGGAGUUUUCUAAUUUUGUCACGCGCGAUCGCAAGUACGAUAUAUACUGUGGUAAAUGGCGGGAGCUUGUGGUUCGCUCGGAUGGUCGCUUCUUUCGCAUUACGAUGACAUCGAACGAUCGUCUGGAUGGGACCGGCUUUCGGGCAAUCUACACGUUCGAAACGGUGCCGAACGAGCCGACAGAGCGGACCGAGGUAGCGUCGAUUGGCAAGGUCACGACGACGACGACGACAGCGACCAGUACCACCAGCCGGAUGUGUGGUCUUCUGGGCCCGGUCACAGGAGCUGUUGCUUCCAGCCUCUGGGUCAGCAUUGCCAUCAUCAUUAGCAUCGUUGGUUUGGAGUUAAUAAAAUUUCAUCAAGUCUGAUGUUCAACAUUCCAACAAAAUACGGUGAAACACAAAAAAAAACAAAAACAAUUCGGAACAACGUUAUCCGAUUGCGAUGAAUGAUGAGAUGCAAAGCUUGUCAUUCGGAUCCUCAUGCUUCGAGAAACCCGAAUGAUUCGCACAGCAACACUCUUCACGAAAGAUUUUAAUGAGUUUUACUAAAGAUUGAAAUUGAAGGAAAGAAAACAAAAAUAAUGUAAAUAAAUCAUUUUAUAUCAAUACAAACUGUGAAUCUCUUGUGAAUAAUAGCAAGGUGCCAAGGAGAAAGACGGCGUAGGGAAGACAGUAAGUAUUAAAAAAAUAAUAAUAAGAAAAUAAUUCCUGUGGAUGAAGCUGUAUUUGUUGCUAAGGUCUUCUUAAUAGGAUUUAGCUCACCCAUCAUUUGGGGCAUAAAUCUGUGCGGAAGCGCUGGAGAAGUCAAAAUUUAUACAGUUCUCUUCAAUAUCUAGUUUUGUACGGUGGUUGAUGGUUCUAAUUCAUUGUUUUAAUCAGCCACAUAUCAUGCUGCUGUCAUUCUUGAUUAGCAAGCCAUUUGCAGUUUUCCCACGAGAAACAAUCAAUCAAACAACCGUUGUACUUAAACCUUUUUCGCCCUGAUAAUACGAGUCGAGCCAAAAAAUCAGAUCCUUCUGUCCAACGGAAGCCCCAAUACGCGUGUUGCCGAUAGGAACGAUUUAAUGCUAUCAAUAUUUUACACCACAAUGCCACAGGUUAUUACGU